AUGGCUGAUGAAGCACAAAUUGAUGUGAAGGAGGAGGUUCCUGAUAUUGCACCAUUUGAUCCUACUAAAAAGAAGAAGAAAAAGAAACCAGCAGUUGUAGAUCUUGAUGAUGAUUCAGUAGACAAGUUGGCCGAGAAAACAGAAAAUUUGUCGGUUUCUGAUGGGUUUGAUAGUACAUUAGCUGGUGCGAAAAAGAAGAAAAAGAAGCCUGUUGAAAUCAGUAACUUAAUUGAAGAGACUAGUGAUGUGAAAAAUGAAGACUUGGAUGAUCACGCUGAAGAAGAUGACCAAGAGGAUGUUUCCUUGCAACCUCGUUACCCUUGGGAAGGGAGUGAUCGUGAUUAUCAAUACGAGGAGCUUUUAGGCAGGGUGUUUAACAUUCUACGUGAGAAUAAUCCCGAACUUGCUGGAGACCGGCGAAGGACUGUUAUGAGGCCUCCACAAGUGCUUCGUGAGGGCACAAAGAAAACUGUUUUUGUGAAUUUUAUGGACCUUUGCAAAACGAUGCAUCGGCAGCCAGAUCAUGUCAUGACUUUCCUGCUUGCGGAAUUGGGUACAAGUGGUUCUCUAGAUGGACAGCAGAGAUUGGUUGUCAAGGGAAGGUUUGCGCCAAAGAAUUUUGAAGGAAUUUUGCGUCGAUAUGUCAAUGAAUAUGUCAUUUGUCUUGGAUGCAAAAGUCCCGACACAAUACUUUCUAAGGAAAACCGUUUGUUCUUUCUCCGGUGCGAAAAGUGUGGAUCGGGAAGAUCAGUUGCACCGAUCAAGGCUGGUUUUGUUGCUCGUGUUGGCCGUAGAACUGCAGGGGGAACAUGA